ACUAGGGUUUGGGUAAACAAUGGACGAUGCCGCGCGGGAGCUCAUGGAGCUCAAGGCGCUCAUCACCAAAACGCUGGAGAAGCGCGGCGUCCUGGCCAGGAUCCGGGCAGAGCUCCGGGCCAAUGUGUUUGCUGCCAUCGAGGAGCAAGAGCGCGCCGAUGGAGACGCCAAUGCCUUUUCUCUCAUCGGCGGCUGCAAUGAUCGAGCAAAGGACCUACACUCGUCUCAAGCCGGAAAGCUCUUGAGUGGCUUGAUAUGCGAGUAUCUGGAGUGGUGCUCUCUCGAUCGGACCCUCAAAAUCUACUUGCCGGAAUCCAACAUCCCCAGAGGAUUUUCCAGAGCUGAGCUCCAAGACAAGCUUGGAUUGAAUGGAACCGACGAGUCGUCUCCUCUUCUCCUAAAGAUUCUAGACGAGUACCUAAAGCUCGAGAAACGAGGAGGAAGAGGCCAAGCGCUAAAGCAGCCAUCGUCUAGCACUGGAGAAUGUAUAGAACAAUUAAGGGGACUCAACAUCGGCUCUUAGAAAGCCUCUUACCUUUCUAUGCUUGUACAAUAAAGUGAGACACAGCCACACACAGCAGCAGCGUACUUAUACUUUUCAUUCGCUAGCUUGAAUGUUUGUUUGUGAUUCAAUGGAAGGAAAUUACAGCU